CUUCGCGUAUCAGUGUAUUAGUGAAUGGUUGCUAGUGUGUGAGCAUUAUAUGCAAAUGUGGGCGUGCACGAACGGUGUACUGAGGGUGUUAGUGUGCACAAGGGAGGAGAUACAGGUAAUGAGGCUGUAGAGCCGUGAGCGGAGAGAUUCCUUUUGUGUUCAUUAACCAUCAGUGACCUGAAACAAGUGUGUGUUCUCAGAAAUGUGUGUCUGUCAUUUGGAGGGCAUCUUUGAAGCAUUUUGUUAACAGACAUCCCAACUGCUCCAAACGGUUUUACAUCAGCAGACUUGUCAUCAUGGCAACAAAGCCCGUGGACUGGCAGGAACGGGGCUCUGUCAACUCACAAGACGAGUGGAUCAAUGAGUCCCGAGCACAAGGUGAAGUAGUUGCAGUCAUAAGCUACAACUCCCCCUUGCAAGACAAAAAGGCUCCCAGGGCAGAGUCUGAAGAGGACGUAGACGUCUCGGAGCCUGGAGCACAGCAAGAGAACCAAACACUCACGAGUGCUGAAAUAGCUGAUGCAAUCAAAUUGGAAAAGCAAGAAUUAACAAGAAUUAGUCUGUGCACCCCCAGGGAGACACAAGAGAUGGUGACAGAAUUAGAACAACUUGCCCAACGAUCAGAAGCAUUAAAGGCUCAUGAGGAAUCUGAAGAGUUCGUUGAUCUAUGUGAGGAUGCUCUCCCACCUCCUCCUCCCCUCAGCUCUUUAUUAACACAAGAUUGCUUCGAGAAGGAUGGCUUUUCCUGCCUAGAGGGGGAGGUCGCUGAGUGGAUCAGUGAUGCUGAGAUCAUCUCAGACCCAACAGAAGACCUCCUGUCUCCUGAUAGCUGGAAUAGUCAAGAAUGGCCACCUCUUCUCACUGAGCCAGUUGAUAUAGAGGUAGAUUUAACAUCUGAGGAGAUGACACAGCUCAACUUCUUACCAGAUGGUUUUGACAACAGUGUAGCUGAAAAUAUUAUGUCUGGGGCUGCAGUGGCUGUAAGAAAUUCAACUGCUCAUCUUUCUCCCUCUGACAGAAACAACUCAGAUGAUGAAUAUACCAUUUGCUCCCCUCCUUUUGCUGAUGAAAGUGAGGAAGAAGAGAAAGUUAGCACUGAUGUGAUUUUUUGUCAGCAGCAAUUGACUAGACUAGAUAAAAGAAUCAAGCAUUUCCAGCCCUCAUAUUCUGCCAGUAUUGAACAAGACCCGAUCUCAACCAUGCCUACAGUUCCCUCAGUCAAACAGCAGGAGGAGCUGUUGUCCCAGAGCCAAUAUGAACUUGCCCCCAAGAGAGCAAACCCGGAAGCUGCACAACAGGUGCUCAGCCAGGGCUGUUCACCUUUGUCUACUGUUGCCAUGGAGCAGUCAGAUCAGGGCGGGGCAGGUUCUCAGGGCUCUGGUUGUGUUGUAGCUGGGAGAGAAAGGCACAGUAGGGCGGGGGAAAGGACAGACGGAGAAAGCAAGCAAACAGGUGGACUUGAAGGGAACAAGACGGUUGGGCAGCAACGCGGCAGUGGACUGUUAAAAUUUUCUAAAACUGUCCGAACACAAGAGUUUAAGAUAGAAAAGUUCAAAUUUGUGACUUCUAAACACACCAGGAUGGAGAGUGACUCGUGUGAUGAUAGUCAGAGUGACAGUGGAGUUUCAGCGGACUUCUCCCCAAGUAGCACUUUGGAGGGCAACACCACCAUCUCUACAGUCACUCUAGCAGCUGUACCAAAAGAGACUCCCAUUGAGAGGGAGAUCCGACGGGCUAUAGCACGUGAACACAGCCUGAGAAGGUCCAGAGGGCUUCCCAAUCCACCCACUUCACCAGAGUAUGUAGAGAUCCCUUUGAGGAAAACAGUUCUCUCCCAGUCACUAACUGCAAAGUCUGAGAGGUGUCAAGGCAAAGACAGGCACUUGGCAGGCAAAAAGAUGCAGCAUGAGAUCCACGAGGAGGUCCAGAGGGAACAGGAUCUGGUCAGGCUUGGGAAAAUUCCAGGUUUCUAUGACAAAGGCACGGUACGCCAGCUCAAAGAGAGGAAGCAGCUUUUUGAGGCCUUUCAGAAACCCAAUGACUCAACUUUGACUGUGUCAUCCAGGAGUAAGGCCACGUCCUGGUCCUCUGCCAGUGACAUUUCAAUGCUGGAGAACGAGGACGACAUCUCAUCACAGGCAUCCACAUUAGGAGGUUCAUAUGUGGAUAGGAACUCCACACAGAGCCCUAACUCAGCCAAAAGAGGGGGUUCCACUUCUUUGACUCCAAGAGGCUUUUCUGAGGGGACAGACUGUCAGGUCAUCAUCCUAGAGAAUAACCUUAGUGUCCCAGCACAUAAACGCUACCACGCCAAACCAGAGGCAGAGCCUAUCACUGCAGUCGACUCUGGAAGUCCUAACCUCUCAUCAUCCAACACAGGAGGACAUGGUGGGAUUAAAGGGAGAGAGCAGGAAAGUGAGGAGGUAGAGGAGGAGGUGGCACACAGGGAGAACCCCUUUUUCAAGCUGCGCUCCUCCACAAAUUUAGUCAAAGUGGAGCAGGACAUCCGGGAGGCUCAAGAGAGGGAGAAGGAGCUUCACAAGCAGAGGAUCAGCGUGUAUGGGGGCAUGAAGGGUGCAAAAGGAGGGGGGAUUGGAGGAGGAGGAGGAGGUAGGCCAGUCAGCAGAGAAAGAAAGAGUCCCACUUUGUCUUCUUCUUCUUCUUCAAUGAAUGAACUGGCUGUUCCUGACUUACCUGGCUCUUCAUCCAGGGGAGUAAAUGGACCCCCAGCAGCACGCCAGUCAGUUGGCACGUUCGGCAUGUGGCCCCCAGCCCAGGCCGAAGAGCAGAAGAUUAACCGGCCAGAGGUCCUCUGCAUUUCCCGGGCCCCCAGACAGAAGACGCCUCUGGUGCAGCGAUGGGAGUCAGGUCUGGUCAAUGGACACAAUGAGGAAGAUGACUGAGGAGUUGUUGACAGAGCGAACUGAAGGAGGGAGGGAGGUUAACCAAGACCUUUAGCUUUUGAAGUGGAGGGCUGAAUGACUGUGAGCUAAAAAUGAGAGCAGCAAAAGGAAAGUGCUCAGAGACUAGAGGAGGAAAGAGAGAAUGUGAAGCCAGAAAGAGGUCAGGGAUUGAGGCUACAAAGGGGGUCAGGAGGAUUGGGAGCAAGGAAAAGGAUUGGUGGUGGACUAAAAACCCUGAAGAAUCCUUCAGCGAGGAGGAGAGGAAUAGGAGGAGGAGGGCCACCUAUUAGUAGAUAAGCACUCAGCCUCCUUCUGGUAUAGGAAAACUCUGAGACUAAUGAAUGUAAAAAGGCAAAAAAUAAUACCACUGCACUGGAGAAAAGGAAAAAUGUAAAUUUAGUAAGAAUAGGAUUUUCAAACAUUUUUAUUGAAAUAAUGAGUUAUUCUUUGUUGAUGAAAAUAGACUGAGUAUCUGACACUGUAAAAAAAAAAGCUAGAAAUUAUGCCUUUAAUGAUGUCUUACACUGAGUUACUAGUUUAUUACACCUGUACAGUCUAAUGCAUUCCCAUAUAAUAGCCAUGCAAUAAAUUCUACCUUGGUGGUCCAUUUACUUUUAUUGACACUGUCAGGAGAGCCGUUGAUUCAACUUUGUAGUCAUUUUAGAGGUUAUAGAUAGUAUAGUAGGGAUUGUAUUUGACUGCAAUACAAUGCAACUUUAAUAUUUAAUCCAUUUACUUUAUAUGAAAAGGCAGAAAGUUAGAAAUACCUUUGCAUAAUGGAGCCCAGCGCAACACAAGCACUCGCUACAGCCCCCCAAAAUGACCGGCUUCUCAAAGAGAAUUAAUUUUAGCAUUAUUGUAUAUGAUCAAGUUGCUGAGGUGUCCUGAAUAAACUGGUAACUCACUGUAUAUAAGGCCAGUGAUCUGAAUUAUUCCCCCAAUCUUAAUCCAUGAAAAGCUGCUCCUUUUGUCAUUUUCAUGCAUCACUACUGAAAGCUGGAUGGUGCAAUAAAGCACCCUCUCAGAAAAGUGCAAAGUUGUUCUGUAUUUCAGAGCUGAAUGAUGCCACAUAAUACACACCUAAUGCUUAAUUUACAGCUGCUCUGUCGUUAGACUUUACAUUUUUCAUUUGUAUUUUGGAAUGAAACUUGAUACACAUUU